AUGCAUACGUGCGGGCAGCGCGUGGCGGAGAUUUUGACGUUCGCGGUGACGGCGGGUUUUGUGGGCGUGCUGCUCGUGGUGUCCAGCAGCCUCGUCCCGUUUGGCCCCUCGCAGGCCUCGCCCGUCAUCGCCGCCUUCGAAGUCUCUAUGUCGCCGCUGAUGCAGAUGCAGAUGCCGCUCAUCUACGCGCAGGGGGCGGACCCGCCGCCGCUGCGGGACUACGUCUUUUUUCGUUUUACGCUGAAGGCCGACUUCUCGCCCGUGUGGGACUGGAACACGAAGGCGGUGUACGUCGCCUGCGUCGCCCGCUACCGCACGGACCAGUACGUCGUGAACGAGGUGACGCUGCUGGACACCGUGCUGAAAAGCAGGGAGGCGGCGGCGCGGUGGUGGCUUGACAACGCCCAGAAGUACCCGCUGGAGGAGGCCCACCUCGGGGCCCUGGCGGGGGUGCAGGUGCGGCUCUCCCUUCGCUACCAGGUGCUGCGGUACUGCGGGUACUCGCCUGUGUUUGAGGUGUCGCCCGUGGGAACGGCGCCCCCCGCGUUUACGCUCCCGCGAGCCUACGCCUCUCCGCCGCGGGGCGAAAGCCCGGCAGCCACGGGUUAG